GUCCGCGCGACGAGAUGGCAUUUCAUUGCGUAUCUCUAGGUCUGAAAUAAGCUCGUGCCUCGGGGACCAUUGAUCGUCCGACUAGUUUCCCACAUUCAAUCCCGUAGCUGGUUCCCAGCUCGGUGAUAACUCACGGUCCUCCUGUUCUUUUUCUACAUAUCACAUUCAUUUUAAUACCCUCAUUUCCAUAGAUCGAGUGAUCAUUUCCUCCUCCUGGGAUUGUGCGGCGAUAUACAAAGGUAUAUCCCACCAGGUCGAUCAUGGCAGAAGGCGAGCCUUCGUACAUUGACUACGAGGCCUUCUUGGACCCCGAGUUCUCUCCCGCCUCCUUUGCCAAUUCAUUGGUGGUGGCCACAAACAAUGUGACAGACACACCACUGGACCUGUCAACCCCGCUUUCAAGGGUGCUUUUUGACCUCCAGGAGAUCGAUACACAUAUUCAUACGCUAACUACCAAGUCAGCCCUGCCGCUGCUGACGCACACGCGGGACCAGACCGCCGCCGCAGGACAUGUCCUCAAGGAGGCCGAGGACCAGAUCUCCUCGGUAACGCAAGGGUAUGAGCGACUGGAAAAGGAGGUGCUUCGCAAGUGGGAAGCGGCCGACGAGGCCAGGGUAGCUGCAGAGAAAUCGCUGGCCACUGUGCGACUUGCAAGAGCGGUCGGACGCUGCCUGGCUCUCGGCAGACAGUUGGAAGGCCAACUGAGUGAAAUCAACGGUCGUGGUGGUGGUAGUGCCGGAGCCAUGACAGGCAGUAAUGGCACGGCAUCCUCUCCCACCCCUGUCAGGGAUGAUUAUCGCACGCUGGAACGCGCAGCAUCCACCAUUGGGAGCCUACGUCGGAUGUUUUCGGCCACGGGAGUGGGAGAGGAAGGUUACGGGCUGGACCGGGUCAAGGUCAUUCGCACGUUGAAGACCGAGCUUCUCUUUCCCGCCGAGAACAUGGUCAAAUCAAGAGCGCAGCAGGGCAUCCAUCGAUUCUCCAUGUCUGCCAGCUCCGCCGGGGGUGCGGGCCAGUCGGGCUACAAGCAAGCGCGCGAUUCGAGGGCACGACUGAUCUCGGGAGUCACCAUCCUGUAUUUGUUGUCGGCGGUACCUCCGGGCCUGAGAUCGGCGGCAGAAUUCCAACCGGAGCUGCUUCUCUCUACGUUGCAAGGGUAUAUGCAAACAGCCAUUGUGACAUCUUUGAACAACCUUGUCCGAGCGCUGUCCACGUUGCCAACGCUGGAGCGAACGCUAUCCGAGUUGUCCGGGCGAUGUCAGGACAUCUUUGCGCUCGAGGCCAUUCUCAGCAACCUCCGACCGCCGUCCCAUCCACUACUCCCUUCGUCGACGGCUCCCGACCGCAAUGAAGGCGACGCCUCCGCUGUCCAACACGGGAAGAACAACCUGUUGCAGCCACUUCUCAAUUCGCUCGAUACCGCAUCGCUUCCGUCGUACUUCUGGCGGACACUGGCGUCGUCGCUCACCGUGCGCACCCAGGAGAUCGUCAACCGUGGCGGGGUCUCCGCUCGGACACUGAGAUCCAACCGGGAUCGACUGAAGAAGGAGAUCAAGGAAUGCGUGUUGCGAGGAUCCCAACUCCCGGCGGCGACUCUCGGGACCGAACGAGGACGCGUGGAAUCUGGAGGAGGAAGUGGUAAUAGUGGGAACUGGGAGCGGGAGGCGGCGGUGAUGGUCAGCGCCGUGGUGGGUGUACUAUAGAGAUAAUAUACGAAGACGACUACACGAUUUAAAAAGACCUUGCGAAGAUCCGGUUAUUGUUCCCUGCCCCCUCCCUCCUUCCAGAUGCAUUGAAGCGCCCAAACCGCAUCCAACGCACACCGCGCACACACCGCAUCCUAUCAGGCC